ACUCUAGAAAACAUGGCGACUAUUUUGUUUUUUUAUCGGACACGUGCAAUCAACUAUUCGAAGUUUUAGUCUUUAUGUCAUAGUCAUAACAUUAGGUUCAAUAGGAAGUACUGUUGUUAUUAAAUUGUAAAAUGUCUCUCACUGCACCUCGUAGAAAAAAAAGAGUGAGACAAAAAAUUCAAGCACCUUUUCCUGUUCCAAUAAAAACUAUAACUGGUGAGACAGCAAGUAAACAACAUUGGUUAUAUUAUACUGGUUAUUUAUGUGGUCAGUCAGUCACAGUUAGACAUACUGGGGAUAUGGAGUUUUUGUAUAAAAUGGGAUUUUUUGGUAAAGGUAAUUUAUCUAGGAGUCGACCAGACUAUAAUGAUAAAUAUAAAUGGGCAGCUAUUACAUCACUGAAUGGAGACAGAAGCACAAUUUACCCCCGAGUAGUAAAUAAACAAUGGUACAAGAGACACUUACAGUGGGGAGGACAAGAAUUGCAAGAAGAUGAAAUCUCUGAGGGAGAAGAAGAAAAUUUAAACACAAAUUCUAAUAUGGACAAAGGUGAUUCAAAUAAAAAAGAAAUUAGUGACGACAUGACAACAGAUGAAAAUGGUCAAUCGAAUGGUAAAGAAUCAGAUGAAAUUAAAAUUGAAGAUUCUUGGGCUGGAGAACCUGAUAAUGAAUUCUGGGGCGUUGAAACUAACCAAUCAGAUUCCUACAAAAGCACUGAUCCGUGGGAUAGUGGUGCUGCAGCAUCGUGGGAUACUGCGGAGGGAGAUGCUGAUUUUUGGGGUACGGGUAUAGAUAAUGUUAAAUCAGACUCCUGUAGUUGGAAAAAGCCAACUUGUGAUAUGGAUAAUGAUAAAGAUUCUCUGAUAGUGGAUCAAGCAAAUCCUGUAACAUUAAAUCAAGAAAAAACUGAUUUGAAUCAAGAACAAUCUGAUGUUUUGGUUGCAAAUCAAGAAAAAUAUAAUUCUGAGAGUUUAAAGCGGUCAGCUGAAACGUGUUCAACAAAUAGUAAGAGGGCGAAAAUAGAAACGGAGGAUAAACAAAUACCUGAAACGGAUGAUAAACAGAAGACAAUUCCAGUAAUAGCAGACAAUUGUGAAUCUUUAACAGAAAAUAGUGAUUGUGAUCAAAUUGAUAAAGUUGACAAAGAUUUAGAAAAGGUUGACAAAGUAGAAACAAUCGAUCUUUCAUCUUAUGAUCUCUUAUGUCACGGGGAUGAUAAACAUGGGGAUUUAUUCGUUAUACCUAACGACAAUUACGAUAAAUUAGUAAAAUCUAUUAAACAGAAGUUAAAAUGGAGACCUGUUUUAAAACAAAACCCAUUCCCAAUUAAAGAGUAUUUACAGCUAAGCUUAGUCGAGGCUUUUUUCCUGUCAUAUGGUUUAGGCUGUUUCAUUCUUAAAGAAAAAGAGAAUUCCUUAAAUAUUAUGUCUAUGUGGAAGAUAUUUUGUGAAAAACAGAGAAAUUUUAUUGCAAGUUAUGUUACAUACCAUUACUUUAGAAGUAAAGGCUGGGUGCCUAAAUCUGGACUUAAAUUUGGCUGUGAUUAUAUUUUGUAUAAAGUUGGUCCACCAUUUUAUCACGGAAGUUAUUCAGUUGUUAUCCAGUACAUAGAAGAAGAUGGCGUUACUCCAGUGCUUGAAUAUCAACAGCUUUGUUUAUCAUGGAGAUCGUUGUGUGGUCUAAAUCGUAUUACAGAGCAUGUUGCAAAAGAAGUAAUGAUUUGUUAUGUUGUAAAACCCAAGAAUUUAACUGAUAAAGAAUUGCUGUCACCUUCAUGCAUUCCAUAUUUUAAAGUUAAGGAGAUGUUGCUGUCACGGUGGAUAUCUUCUCAAGAAAGACAGAACAAAGAACCAGAAGAAAUACCCUGAUAUUUAUAUUUAAAUUAAAGUUUUUUUUUAAUAAGUU